AUGAAGCCGAGGGUACAGGCAGCCCUUGUUCGAAAGGAGGUGGGCCCUCACCGUCCCCUCUGCCGCCUGGCUGAACACGACGAGCCCGGAGGCCACCACGUCCCCGGCCUCCGAGGGUCUCUGAGCACCCCCUUCUCUGUGCACUGUCCAGCCUCUUUCCCGCUGCCGGGCUCUGACCCCUGGCCGCGAGGAGGAGGCCACCUCCCUGUUGGUUAUCGCAUCGUGCUGGUGAAGUCUCCCUGUUCAUCCCUCCCUCCUCUGCAGGACCCCGGGUGCCAGGAGGGGCCGCUCACUUCAAGCCGUCCAGGUCCGGUGCCCCAAGAGGAGCGGGUCUGGAGGGCAGGCCCCGGGGGAGGCCCGGCCUCCUCCCUCCCCUUGGGAAUCAGCUGCCUGAAGUGCCUGACCUUCCUGCUCAACUUCCUCUUCUCUCUGCUUGGUCUGCUGGCCCUGGCCAUCGGGCUCUGGGGCUUGGCCGUCAAGGGGUCUCUGGGGAGCGUCUGGGGGGCGGCCCUGCCCGAAGACCCCAUUCUGGGACUGGUACUGGGGGGGCUGGCCGUCAGUGCGGUGAGCCUGGCGGGCUGCCUGGGGGCCCUGUGUGAGAGCGCGUUUCUGCUCCGCUGCUUCUCGGGGGGUCUCGUCGCCUUCCUGCUGCUGGAGGCCGUGGUGGGUGCCCUGCUGGUGGCCCUCUGGGGCCCACUGCAGGAUGGCCUGGAGCACACCCUGCGUGCGGCCAUCACCCACUAUCAGGAUGACCCGGGCCUGCGCUUCCUUAUUGACCAAAUCCAGCUUGGGCUGCAGUGCUGCGGGGCGUCUUCCUACCGGGACUGGACGCGGAACCUGUACUUUAACUGCAGCUCCCCGGGGGUCCAGGCCUGCAGCCUUCCUGCCUCCUGCUGCGUCCACCCCAGGGAAGACGGAGCCUCUGUCAACGACCAGUGUGGCUCUGGAGCCCUGCGCCUGGACGAGGAUGCCGCUCGGAGAGUGGUGCACCUGGAGGGCUGUGGCCCUCCUCUCCGGCGUUGGCUGCGCAGGAACGUGCGGGCCGCGGGCGCCUACGCCAUCGUGGUUGUGGCGGUCCAAGGGGUGGAGCUCCUGUUGGCCAGCCAGCUGGUGAGGGCCCUGGCCGUCCGCCGGGGGGAGGUGGACAGCCCCAGAGCCGCAGGGACGGUGGACAAGGCCACCCACGCCUCACACUCCGUGAAACGGCCCCUGCCAAACUGGCCCAGCGCUGACAGCCCAGGAGGACCCCCAGGGAAGGUGUCCUACGGCAUCCCAGACGCCCUGGCCUCCUCCACCGGCUGUGCCUCCGGCCCCCCAGGGCCCCCCUUCCCCUGA